AUGCCAUUAAUCUUUUCUGCACUUGUGUUGUAUCUACGUUUCAGCAGUAUACCAAAAACAAAACCUCCUACUAGCUACCACCCAAUUGAUGUCAGUUCACUGCCAGAAUUCUUCUAUAACUAUCCACUGAAAACUAAAUUUCAACUAGUUUAUAUUCCUUCCAGAAGUGAAACUUUGAAAGCUCUCACUGAAAUAGUGGAACAAACCUUUGAUGUUGAGUUCGAAGUUUUAGGAUUUUCUUCAGAGUCGUUGUUUGAAAGUUAUAUACUUAAGGAUCCCAAAGCUUUCUACGCAUUGGUGGGAAUUGUUUUUGGCCAUAAUUUCAGUGACAGCAAUGAACCUUUGCCACUCUCGGUUGAAUACAGCUUGCGCUUUAGUUACAUUCAGAGGAAUCUUUUAUCUUUGAAGCAUGUGUAUUUUCAAGCUGACUUAGAAGGCUGGUGCACAUCCUUUCUUUAUCCUCCUAACCCAAGCCAAGAACCCCGGGAAAUUGUAUAUGCUGAUGGAGGAACUCCUGGCUACCAUAAAGAAGGCUUCUUGGCCAUUCAGCAUGCUGUGGAUAAAGCCAUCAUGUGGCACCAUGCUCAAAAUGCGACGGUCAACUUGUUUGAGAGUCUUAGUGUACUAUUGCAGAGGUUCCCAUAUGGACCUCAUGUCCAGGACAAGUUCUUCAUGCUGCUUCAGAAUGAGUUCCCUCUGCUCCUCAUGCUUAGCUUCAUUUGCAUCGAGCUCAUUAUCAUUAAUUCCAUUACACUGGAAAAGGAGAGAAAACUUAAGGACUAUAUGUGUAUGAUGGGAUUGGACAGCUGGCUACACUGGAUUGCUUGGUUCAUCAUGUUCUUUAUUUCUGUCCUCAUUGCUGUUUCUGUUAUGACAGUUCUCUUCUGCACAGAGGUAACUUUAGGAUGUUUCUUCUACUUGGUUCUAGGCCUUACUGUCCCUUCAAGUGGACAAGCAUAUAUCAAUGGAUACGACAUUUCAACCGACAUGGUUCAAAUUCGGAAGAGCAUGGGCUGGUGUCCCCAGAAAGAUAUCUUAUUUGAAAACUUAACAGUAGCAGAACAGCUUUCUUUCUAUGCUCAGCUGAAAGGCCUGUCACCCCAAAAGUGUCCUGAAGAAGUGAAGCACAUGCUGUACGCCCUCAAUAUGGAGGACAAGCGGAAUUCGCCAUGCAAGUACCUGAGUGGAGGGAUGAAGCGCAAGCUCUCCAUCGGCAUUGCCCUCAUAGCGGGUUCCAAGUUGUUGAUUCUGGACGAGCCCACCUCGGGCAUGGACGCCAUCUCCAGGAGGGCCAUCUGGGACCUUCUUCAGCAGCAGAAGAGUGACCGCACCAUCCUGCUGACUACGCACUUCAUGGACGAGGCUGACCUGCUGGGGGACCGCAUCGCCAUCAUGGCGGAUGGGGAGCUGCAGUGCUGUGGGUCGUCUCUGUUCCUCAAGCAGAAAUAUGGUGCAGGCUACUAUAUGACUUUACUGAAAACACCUUUCUGUGACACACAGAAGCUCUGUCGUCUUAUCUAUCAUCACAUACCAAAUGCAGUUUUGGAGUCUGAUGUUGCAGAAGAAUUAAUAUUUAUACUUCCUAAAGAGAGCACACACAGGUUUGAAUCUCUAUUUGCUGACCUGGAACUGAACCAGUCAGAGCUGGCAAUCUCCAGCUUUGCAGCCUCUGUCACCACCAUGGAGGAAGUGUUCAUUAGAAGUUGGUGUAAAAAUGACUGCAAGGAAGUUGGUGGAUGUAAAAUGUUCGGAUACCCUAUAGAGGAGUUCCUGUUAAGAAAGGCAAAAGAGGAGCCCGAAAACUUCGAUAGGCUUUAUGUGGUGGCAGCUUCCUUUGAAGUCAAAGACAAUGCCACCAUAGUUACUGCACUGUUCAAUAACCAGGCAUACCACUCCCCUGCCGUGGCUCUGGCUCUGGUGGACAAUCUGCUCUUCAGGUUGCUUUCUGGCGCUAGUGCUUCCAUUACCACAUCCAACUACCCUCAACCGCAGACGGAGGAGGAGCUCUCCGAAAGCCUCCUGUACCAGGGCGCUAAAGGAUAUUAUCUUAUUGUCAACUUGCUUUUUGGGAUAGCUUUUCUGUCUAGCUCUUUUUCCAUCUUGACAGUCAGAGAGAGAUGCAUGAAGUCCAAACAGCUGCAGUUUGUGAGCGGUGUCUGCAUAACUGCUUUCUGGUUCUCUGCUCUGCUGUGGGACCUCAUCUCCUCCCUUAUCCCCACUCUACUGUUAAUGGUGGUGUUUUUAUACUACAAUGAAGAGGCUCUCACCCAGCAUGGGAACGCCCCAGCUGUGGUCUUGAUGCUGAUGCUCUACGCCUGGGCCAUCAUCCCCUUCAUCUACAUGAUCAGCUUCUCCUUUGACAAUGCUGGUAAUGCUUGCGUUAAACUUGUCAUAAUACUGACCUUUCUGAGCAUUGGCCCCACAGUGCUAGUCUUAGCCACCAGUGAACAAGGUCUGGGCUACACAGAAAUCUCUCAGUCCUUGGAUCAUGUAUUCCUAAUAUUUCCAGGGCACUGCCUAGGGAUGGCCUUUUCCAAUUUGUAUUACAACUUCGAACUAAAAAAAUUUUGCAGUGCCAAGAACCUAAGUGAUACUGAGUGCAAUGAAGUUUGUGACGGCGGCAACAAGCGAAAGCUGAGCAUUGGCAUCGCCCUCAUUGGAGAGCCUGCAGUCAUCUUCCUGGACGAGCCGUCCACUGGCAUGGACCCCGUGGCCAGACGCCUGCUGUGGGACACAGUGGCCCGGGCCCGGGAGUCUGGCAAGGCCAUCGUCAUCACCUCCCACAGCAUGGAGGAGUGCGAGGCGCUGUGUACCCGGCUGGCCAUCAUGGUGCAGGGCCAGUUCAAGUGUGUGGGCAGCCCGCAGCACCUCAAGAGCAAGUUUGGCAGCGGCUACUCCCUGCAGGCCAAGGUCCACAGCGAAGGGCAGCAGGAGGCUCUGGAGGAGUUCAAGGCGUUCGUGGACCUGACCUUCCCAGGCAGCGUUCUGGAAGAUGAGCACCAGGGCUUGGUCUGUUACCACUUACCUGGACACAACCUUUGCUUGUCAAAGGUGUUUGGGAGUCUGGAGAAAGCCAAGAGAAAGUACAAGUUGGAAGACUACUCCAUCAAUCAGGUCUCCUUGGAGGAUGUCUUCCUGAGUUUUACCAACCCUAUACAACCCACUCAAAGAAAAGACCAAGCGCAAGCAGACUCCUCCCUCUCACUGCCUCCCCCGCCACCUGCUCAGAGCAUGGAGGAGGGGGCCGGCCUGAGCUGCGCAGGGAAGAGUCGCACCUCCCAUGGACCAAGUUCUGCUAGUGGGGACCCCUGGGGCUCUCCUGCUCCCUGGGCUGUGAACACCCGUUUACUUCCCUUCCUCCUGCUGCAGCCUGCCGGGACCCGGACACCCAGCACAGGCCAGGCGGCGAGGACAGCGAGUGUGCCGGACCGGGCGGGAGGCGUUCCGCGGGAGCCCACGGAGACAGGCCCGGGCCUUCGUGCCAACGCCCGGCGUCUCGACACCGGGCCCGGUUCCCGGAAGCCGGCGGCAGGGCGUCAGGCGCUAGUCCGGAGGGGCCCGGCCGGAGGCGGCCCGUCAGCCGUCCUCAGACGGGAGCUCGCCCGCGCUGGCACGGAGGACCCGAAGCCCGGCACCGGCUUCACAGACAGCCCGCCGGCGCCAGCAGCGACCGUGCGGUACCGGGACCGACCCGGGCGGCCCGAGGCCGCGCUGGCCUAG